UCCUCCCGCGAGCUGCGUGGUUCAGUUGGUUCGGAGCAGCGCGCAGGUUCUCAGAGGCGUAAAUUAGCUCAUUCGGUAGUUUAUCUGUCACCGUCACUCUGUCGUCGUGUUUGCGUCCGAGGAGAUCCACGCACAUAUAUGGAAGAGUCUCAGCGCGGUUUUAUUAAUUUAGCGUCUUCACUUGGAACAAGAAGACGGUUUCCUGUCGGUUUCCAGCUGCCGUUUGGUGUUUUUAAAUCUCACAGGACGCGGUGGUUCACCUGAAGCUUGGGAGGACGCCGUUUACACGAAACUCUGCUCCGGAGAAAUAUUUUUGGGGGGAGGAGGACGGGGAAUGCAAGGCUGUUUCCUGCACAGGGGGUUUCACUAACAAUGGUCACCUCCGCAUAAUCCGAUGGUGGUUCUCUCUGAGGUUCUCUCCUGAGGACGAAGCUCGGAUGUUAAAAGAAUGGCCCAAAAAAAAAAAAAAGAGACAGAGAGGGAACAAGUAAGGAAAACAAUGGGAGACCAGGCAGGUCCAGUGGGACUAAAGUGUGGAAAACAAAGGAAGAUUAAAAACACUGGAUCUGACUACGGUACGUCUAUCAAAGAAAGUUGAAUGAUUGGAAAAAAGUCUGAAGAGGACAAGCUCAAGUCGAGCAGUUACACCUUACCCAAAGCUUCUUCCAAACCUAACCUGAAGGGCGCCAUGGCUCUCGGUAGUUUGAACCUCAUGCAGACCCUCAAAAACUCUCCGGCUGCCUUCCGACGCCGCUUCCGCCGGGACCGGACGGAGCUGCUCUCCCACGGAGACCCUCUGUUCAAAGUCCACUACCUGGGCACGGCGAAGAUCUUCUCUCUUGACCGAGAGCAAGCCCAGGAGGCCAUCUCGCACCUGGUGGAAGGUAUCGCAAAUGGGAAGAAGCUGGGCAAAGAUCACGCACUGGUCGUGCGGCCGAGAUACAUAGAGGUCAAGGAGUUGAGCACGGGGCGCCAGCUGACCAAGACGUACUUGCAGGACAUUGCGUACUGCGCCGCCGACGCCGGCCGACCCAACGUCUUCCUGUACAUCUGCAAGCACCAGGGCCAGCAGCUGCAGUGCCGGGUUUUCUGGUGCAGCCGGGCGGAGCGCGCACGCGACAUGACGGCCUGCCUGGCGCGCUCCUUCCAGCGGGCGCUGAAUGACUGGCAGGACGGGUCGGCCUCUCUGCCGCAGGGAGACGCAAAGGUCAAACGUCUGGAGGAGUCUUGUAAAUCUGCGUCCAUCGCCAAGAGCUCAACGCUGCCGGCUGGGCUGGGAAAAGUUCACUGGAAAAGAACUGGCUCUGCGUCCCGAGGCCCCCUUAAAGGCAUCACCAGGAGAGGAUCGGCCACUGACAGCUGGAGCUGAACCUCUGAUUGGACGAAUGUUCUGCGUUGACCUGCUGACAACUUUAAGGGUGGAAGCACUGCAAGAGGGAAGGAAGGAAGGAAAUUUGGGAGGGACUGACUUACAAGGCGAAGGGGCUCAAGCUGCCAACCUGAUCCAUAUUUGGUGACAUAAUGACUGCUUGUAAGGGUGUUAUCAUCAUAAAUGACGAGUGUUUGGAGUUAAAUGUUAAUGACGCGAGACGGAAAUGAGGCUUGCAACAGGCUGCUUUAGGACUAGUCUGGGUCCUGAGCAGCCAGAGUGUGUGAUGUUGAACGCGAGAUUGCUGCUGGGUGAGUGAUCCACUAGCAAACCUGGGGGUAAAAAGACGGAGGUGGGAUGUUUUAAUGCUCAACAGGCAACUUGUACCAGGUCAUGUUUUAUAUUCAUGGUGGCAUUUACACGUUUGCUGCUCUAUUAAACAUAUAUUCAGGAUUCAGAAGGGAGAAUGCUGGCACAUCAAGCGAAGUAAAACUGUCUGUACUGUUUAUAAAGGUUGUUCUUGUUACUUUCAGAGCCCUUUCUAUGCUCUCCUGUCAAUGAACCCGAUAAAGAAACCCCAAGUGUUUUCGGCUCGUUACGAGGACUUCAGUUCCUAUGAACUGCAUAACAGGUCUGGUAACUGCGGCAUCACCAAGUCACUGCAAAUCAUCUUCAUUGGCGACAAACUGUACAUAAAAAGAAACGUCCGUGAAUUUGCACGGACCUGCAAAUUCCUGCGGCACUAGCUCGGCAUCCAAACACCGGAGGACAUUGUGUUCCCACGCGGAGCCUCGGCGAGGAAUGCACAGUCAUGCACCUGCAUUCCACGCCAGGAGAAAUCUGAGAUCGGGAAUCGUCUCAAAAAGCCUCAAAUUCUUCAUGUCCGGCCAUGACUGUGCCUCUACAGCAGCUGCAUACUUUUAUUUAAUCUUUUUUUUUUUUCUUUUUGUGCUGCAGUUUAUAACCUACUGCUGGUGAUGAUUUAUGUGUUAGGUUUACAAUUGAGACUUGAGGAUAAAUGGUGUGCCUUUAGCCUACCAUCAUGUUCUCACUUUUAUUAUUCCUAAGCUGAGCUAGAAACAUUGACUUUUUAAGGUUUUUUUUUUUGGUUUUUUUUGAUGUACCACUUUUUUAAAAUGAAUUUUAGGAUUUUAUGUUCAAUGAUUCUUACAAAAGGCACAGUUCUAUCUGAAAGAAGAUAUCUGUGCCUGCUUCAAGAUGUAUUUUAUCCUUGUACUGUUACUGUACAUAUUUAUCUAAAUAUGUAUUUUAUGGGAUAUUAAAAGUUUUUAUACUGAC